AUGAACUGUAAAAGGAAAACGCUGCUGUUGAUUCUGGGUCUUUCACUGCUCCUGUUGUUUGACCAUUAUUCCAGGAAAAACCAAGAAGAAGAACUUCAGCUCUCAGACUGGUUCAACCCCAGAGAACGCCCCGAUGUGAUCACGACCACGAGCUGGCUUGCUCCCGUUGUCUGGGAAGGCACUUUCAGCAGAAAGGCGCUGGAAAAACACUACAGAAAGCAGAAUCUCACAACGGGCUUGGCCGUCUUCGUUUCUGGCAGGCUUGCAGAUCAGUACCUGGAGCUGUUCUUGCACUCGGCGAAUAAGUACUUCCUGAACGGCUACAGAGUGAUUUUCUACAUUAUGGUGGACACCUUUGUCAAGCUGCCCCAGAUCAAGUGGGGGCCCCUCCGACAGUUCAAAGUGUUCAUCGUCACCGAGGACAGCUGGCAGGACAAUGUCGACCUCGUGCGCAUGAAGAGCUUGGCCAAGCACAUCAUCUGGGACAUCCAGGACGAGGUCGACUUCCUUUUCAGCAUGACCGUCACCCAGAUCUUCCAGAACAACGUGGGCGUGGAGGUCCUGGGCGAGUUGGUGGCUCAGCUCCAUGCCUGGUGGUACUUCAAGGACCGUGCGAGUUUCCCCUACGAGAGGAGGCCCAAGUCAGCAGCUUGCAUCCCGUUUGGCCAGGGCGACUUCUACUAUGAUGGUGCAUUCGUGGGCGGCACGCCCCUGGAGCUCCUGAACCUCGUGGAGGAGUACCUGAACGGCAUCAUCCACGACCUCAGAUUCAGGUUGAACAGCACCUACGAAAAACACCUCAACAAAUACUUUUUCCUCCGGAAGCCCACCAAGCUCUUAUCCCCAGAGUACAACUGGGACGCCGACUUCUACCCGCCACCCCAGGUGCAGUACGUCAAGGUGGCCCAGCAGUCCAAAAGGAGACACUGA